CGAUCUCAACUAGAGUUUCAAAAGAUAAUUCAUACCAAUUGGAAAUUGAUUGAUAAUUAUGGAAAAUGCAAGAAUGAAUUAGCUGAGAAAUCAAUCAAGUUAGUAUUAAAAGAGUUUCAAAUUGAAAAACUUAAUUCUACACUUUCUGAAAAGGAACAAGAAAUUGCAGACAUUUAUAUUCGCAACAAGAAACAGUCAGACAAUCAGUUACAGUGUUGUAAAAACAAAAUACUAGAAAAAGACAACGAACUAAAAUUGUGUCAGGCUAAGGAAACCAUAUCAAGACACUCUGAAGAUUGUGUUAAAUGGAAUCGUGUAAAGACAGAGAUCGAAACUUGUUGGCAGCAUCAUAGAACAAUUGUGACGCAAUUGGAGGCGACGCAAACGAAAUUACAGAUAAAAAAAAGAGAACAUGAAUUAUGUCAAACACAACUUAGUUGGAUGUUGUAAUAUUCUGUCAAAUUUUCUAACUGGUUGUAUUCCACUACAAAAUGUCAAAAUGUUGAUCAUCAAAUUAAAGUUUCGGAUGUUGCUUCCUUCAAUGCUUUAUGCGAUAGCGAGUUAGCAAAACCUGGAUGGAUAGUUAUAGAAUAGCGUAUUGGUGAAAAUAUGAUUAAUGGAAAUUUGUCCUCGUAUCGCGAAGGAUUCAGUUUCGUAAAAAGUAAUUUUUUCCUUGGGUUAGAAAAGCUCUAUCGCCUGACGAGAUCGCAACGGUAUGAGCUCUAUGUUCAUUUGGUUUUAUCAGACGAUCGUAAUGAAUAUGCUCGGUACAACAACUUUAAAAUUGAUAAAAAUAAAUAUAGAAAUAAUCGCUAUGAAGUAACAUUGGGUUAUUGCAACGGAACUAGUAAUUUGCUAGACAUACCCAGUAUUUAUUAUAGUGAAGAACCAUAUAUGAUUAAAAAUAUCAAGCUUAUCUUCGAUCAUGGAGUCCGCUGGUGGUUUUACAAAAUUUACCCAAGGAAUACAAAUCUAAGAGUCCGCUAUCAAAUACCGACUUGCGACCCCACUAUUAAACUUGCUAAUAUGCUCAUACGUCCCUUGGAUUAAAGGAGGAAGUAAAUAUACAUAAGUUAAAAAUGGAAAAUUUAUUUUAUAUUAUUUACGUCAACUACAACAAGAAAGCUAGUCAAGUGUGCUCGACUGUGAGAUACCCGGUACCCAUUUUAAAUAAAAGCAAAAGAGCAAGGCAAUAUUG